GCAGCCUUUUGAAUAUCAACUACUUCGGAUAAAUAUUCGAGAUGUCCGCUCUUAAGAUUGUGUCAGCCCUUGCCCUCUUCUCUAUGGCGUCAGCCGGUCAUUUGGGACAUCUACAACAUACCUCUGGCGGCUACAACGCAGGAGCUUACAACGCUGGCGCUUACAGUGGAGCUUAUGGAGGCGCACAAAUACCCAUACUUAGUUACGAAAACAUUAAUAACGGCGACGGAACCUACAGAUACAGCUAUGAAACUGGUAACGGGAUCUCUGCGCAUGAGAGUGGCGCACCCCGCGCUCCCGGCCCCGAAGGUCUUGCCGUAACUGCAGAAGGCGGAUUCUCAUACCGCGCUCCAGACGGUCAGCAAGUCGCCCUUUCGUACACCGCUGACGAAAACGGCUUCCACCCGACCGGCUCCCAUAUCCCCACUCCCCCCCCGAUCCCAGAAGCUAUUCUCCGCUCCAUCGAGUUCAACAGACAAAACCCUUCUUCUGGCGAUGGUUCCUACCAUCACGGCGGCCGGUACAACAAUGCCUACCAUUACUAAGUACAAAACCACAACAAAUAUCGAACUGAGAACUUAGUGAUCUUAUAAAGACAAAUGGCGAGUCAAAGGCAUUUGGAUAAUAUGUUAUAUUUAUUGCACU